AUGGCUCCUGCUAAACUCGAUAAAAAACCAAUCAAUUGGACAAACAUCUUGCUUGGUUCGGCUUUGAACUUGUUUGAAGUCUCCACCUUGGGCCAGCCCUUGGAAGUCACAAAGACCACAAUGGCUGCCAAUAGAUCCUAUGGUAUCCUCCAGGCAAUGAAACACAUUUGGUCAAGAGGGGGCCCGUUAGGCUUUUACCAGGGUUUGAUUCCAUGGGCUUGGAUCGAGGGUGGAACCAAAGGUGCUGUUCUACUAUUCGUUUCUUCCGAAGCAGAAUAUCAGUUCUUGAGAUUCGGCACUAGUAACUUCACUGCUGGAAUCGCUGGUGGUAUGUUGGGUGGUGUGGCCCAAGCUUAUGCCACCAUGGGCUUUUGCACUUGUAUGAAAACCGCUGAAAUCACCAGAGCUAAAUCUGCUGGCCUGGGUCCUCAAAAGUCAACUUUUCAGUUUUUCAUGGACAUAUGGAGGAAAGAAGGUAUUAGAGGCAUAAAUAAAGGUGUCAAUGCAGUUGCCAUAAGACAAUGCACUAAUUGGGGUUCAAGAUUCGGUUUAUCAAGACUAAUUGAAGAUGGUAUAAGAAGUCUAAGAGGUAAAUCCCACAAUGACACUUUAUCCUUCUCUGACAAAAUCAUUGCUUCGGCUUUAGGUGGUGGUCUAUCUGCUUGGAACCAACCCAUUGAAAUUAUCAGAGUGGAAAUGCAAUCUCAAAGUUCGGAUCCAAAAAAACCAAAGAACUUAGGCACCGUUGGUACCCUCAAGUAUAUUUAUAAAACUUCUGGUAUCAAGGGUCUCUACACAGGCGUAACUCCAAGAGUCUUACUAGGUGUUUGGCAAACUGUAGUCAUGGUUGGUUUAGGUGAUUUGGCCAAAUCUUAUGUCGAAGAAAAGAAAAAUAAGAAAAAACUACUUCCAAACUAA